AUGUCAAAGGAAACAGAGAGUGAUCCUGUGGUGGUUGGUCGUAUUAUAGGGGAUGUGCUUGACCCUUUUGUUAGAACAAUAUCUCUGAGAGUCACUUAUGGUUCUAGAGAAGUUAGCAAUGGCUGUGAAUUUAAGCCAUCAAGUGUGGUUAACCAGCCUAGGGUUGAAAUUGGAGGAACUGAUAUGAGGACCUUCUAUACACUGAUCAUGGUUGACCCUGAUGCUCCCAGCCCUAGUCGCCCAACCCUGAGGGAAUAUUUGCAUUGGUUAGUAGUAGAUAUCCCAGCAACUACUGGGGCCUCUUUCGGGCAAGAGAUAAUGUGUUAUGAGAAUCCACAGCCGGUGUUCGGAAUUCAUCGAUUUGCUUUCGUGUUAUUCCAGCAGCUUGGCCGGCAGACUGUCUAUGCACCAAAUUGGCGUCAUAACUUCAACACAAGAGACUAUGCUUCUGUUUACAACCUCGGAUUGCCGGUUGCUGCCCUUUAUUUCAACUGCCAGAGAGAGAAUGGUUCCGGUGGCCGACGACCGCCACAAAUAAGUAUUGUUAGAUAGUAAGACUUGAUACCAACAUGAGG